AAUUUUGCCUUCACCACCUUCAAGGCGGAACCAUUUUGUGUUUCGCCUACUCAGUUUUACUUCUUUUUUUUUUCUUUAGUUUCCGGUGGUUUCCGUUUUCGGUCUAUUUUCAUGGUUUAAAAACUCACCAUUUCGUCGGUUUCUUGUGAAUACCAAAAAAAAAAAACAAAAAAACAAAAAAAAAAAGGUAAAAAUAAAUUAAAUAGAUUAAAAUCCCCCCCCCCCCCCCCCCCCCCCCCCCCCCCCCCCCCACAAAAGAAAGAAAGAAAGAAAGAAAAACAACAUACAAUGGCUGGCUUUAGUACCUUGUUUGUGUGGUCGUUGUUGUUUUUUGUGGUAGCAAACGCCAAUGUAGAUGAAGAUGAAUACUGGAAUACUCGUGCCACCGAAGCUAAGAAAGUUGCAAAAUCUGCCUUCAAUCCUAACCCUGAAAUCGUUACCGAUAACUUGAACGCCGCCGUUAGUCGAGCGAUGGUGGGUCGCAACAGUACGAGAAGGAGCCUGAAGAAGUAUAGAGGGCCAUGCUUGGCGACGAACCCCAUUGAUAGAUGUUGGAGAUGCGAUCGAAAUUGGGCUAAAAACCGAAAGAAGCUAGCGGAAUGUCCAUUGGGGUUCGGCCACCAAACCAUUGGUGGAAAGAGAGGACCAAUCUACGUGGUGACAGACGCGUCUGACGAUGACUUAGUUAACCCUAAACCUGGAACCCUACGAUAUGGUGUGAUCCAAAAAGGACCACUUUGGAUCAUCUUCGGGAGAAGCAUGAUCAUUAGGCUGAGUCAAGAGCUAAUGAUCUCAAGCGACAAGACCAUCGACGCUCGUGGCGCUAACGUCCACAUUGCCUUUGGCGCUGGUCUCACCAUUCAAUUCGUCAACAAUGUAAUCAUUCAUAACCUUCACAUCCAUGACAUUAUAUCCAAAUCGGGUGGAAUGAUUAGAGAUUCAGUGGAUCAUUAUGGGUUUAGAACACAAAGCGAUGGCGAUGGCAUCUCCAUCUUUGGUUCUUCUCAUGUUUGGAUCGACCACGUUUCCAUGUCCAAUUGUGAAGAUGGUCUUAUUGACGCCAUCAUGGGUUCCACAGCAAUCACUAUCUCCAAUUGUCAUUUCACUCACCACAACGAGGUGAUGUUAUUUGGAGCGAGCGAUAGCUACGCAGAAGACGAAAUUAUGCAAGUAACCCUAGCAUUCAACCACUUUGGGAGAGGAUUGGUGCAAAGGAUGCCAAGGUGUAGAUGGGGUUUCUUCCAUGUUGUUAACAAUGACUACACUCAUUGGCUUAUGUACGCGAUCGGCGGUAGCCAACAUCCUACCAUUGUUAGCCAAGGCAAUCGUUUCAUCGCUCCUCCAAACCCUAACGCCAAACAGGUAACAAAGAGAGAAUAUGCAAUGGAAGACGAAUGGAAGCAUUGGUCAUGGAGAUCAGAAGGAGAUGAAUUGAUGAAUGGAGCAGUGUUUAUUCCAUCAGGUGACCAAACAAAAGGGAAGAAGAAAGGCUUAUCAAGAUAUGAUAUGAUUUCCUUCAAGCCAGGAACCUACGUCAGGAGACUUGCACGCUUUUCUGGCACACUUGAAUGCACCCCAGGCAAACCAUGCUAGCAAAUUAAAAUUUCUUUUUUUCUUUCCUUUUUUUUUUUUUUUUUGUUCUUUUCUAAAUGUUGUUAUAUUUUCCUUUAGAUAUAAAUAAUUUCGGAAUUUUGAAAAGGGUAUUAGUCUUCUCCAUUAUCGUCGCUCAAAUCUGUGCAGGGAAGAAGGAAGAAGAGACCAAAAAAAAAAAAAAAAGAAAAGAAAAAAAAAGAAAGAAAGAAAGAAAGAAAGAAAGAAGAAGAAGAAGAAGAAGAAGAAAUAUUCUUGUCUUUGUAAAGCCCCUUUUCUUCUGUGCAUUCCUUUGUUUUCUACACACACACUUCUUCACUUCUUUUGUUCUUUUCAGUUUGUGGGAGAAAAUGGAGUAUCAAAGGGAAUGAGUCCAAAUAAACUAUUGUGUAUUAAAUUUCUCAUAUUAAUACUACGAAUAUGGCUGAUCCCUAA